GUACCAGUGGCGUUUGCACUGUGCAGCGUUUAAUCUUUGGACACAUUAAUCAGUCUAACAAAAGACUGGAACAAACCCUUGUUCUAGUGCCCCAACCCUUGGCUGUGGCUGCUUGCCAGUGCCAUAAGAGCCCACCUCCUUUGUCUAGGAAAUAAAAACUUCACCAGACUUCUUAUUGAGGAAGCAGGCCUUUCAUCUGCUCUCUCAGAGAAGUCUCUGCAGCAACCAUGGCCACUUUCGUGGAGCUCAGUACCAAAGUCAAGAUGCCCAUUGUGGGCCUGGGCACCUGGAAGUCUCCCCCAGGCAAAGUCAAGGAAGCUGUGAAGGCAGCCAUUGAUGCUGGGUAUCGCCACAUCGACUGUGCCUAUGUGUAUCAGAAUGAGAACGAAGUGGGAGAAGGGAUCCAAGAGAAGAUCAAAGAGAAGGCUGUGAAGCGGGAAGACCUCUUCAUUGUUAGCAAGCUGUGGGCCACCUUCUUUGAGAAAAGCCUGGUGAAGAAAGCCUUUCAGAAAACCCUCUCAGAUCUGAAACUGGACUAUCUGGACCUGUAUCUAAUUCACUGGCCACAGGGACUUCAGGCUGGGAAUGAAAUAUUACCCACAGAUGAUAAAGGCAAAGCUCUCAUGAGUAAAUCCACAUUCUUGGAUGCCUGGGAGGGCAUGGAGGAACUGGUGGACCAGGGGCUGGUGAAAGCCCUGGGCGUCUCCAACUUCAACCACUUCCAGAUUGAAAGGCUCCUGAACAAGCCUGGACUGAAACAUAAGCCAGUGACCAACCAGGUUGAAUGCCACCCCUACCUGACUCAGGAAAAACUGAUCCAGUACUGUCACUCCAAGGGCAUCACCGUUACAGCCUACAGCCCUCUGGGCUCCCCAGACAGACCUCAUGCAAAGCCAGAGGACCCUGUAGUACUGGCGAUUCCCAAGAUCAAAGAGAUUGCUGCAAAGCACAAGAAAACAACAGCUCAGGUUCUGAUUCGGUUCCACAUCCAGAGGAAUGUGGCCGUGAUCCCCAAGUCUGUGACACCCUCCCGCAUAGCAGAGAACAUUCAGGUCUUUGACUUCCAGUUGAGUGAUGAGGAGAUGGCCGCCAUUCUUAGCUUGAACAGAAACUGGAGGGCCUGUGGCCUGUUCGUCACAAUAAACGAAGAGGACUAUCCUUUCCAUGCGGAAUACUGAAGCUGAUUCACUUGCUGAGAUUGCCUGAUGGACUCCCUCUUCCUUGUGUGAAACUCACUCUUCCUGAAUCAUAUUUUAGCCAAUUUUCUCUAACAUCUAUCUCAAUGUAGGCCACAAUCAGGCAAUGCUGAAUUUAUAUUUUUGUGUUUAGCAAGGAGCAGACUGUCACAGGGAAAUGUGACUUAGAGAAACAAAGGACAAUGGCUCUCAUGAGCAAGAUCUGACCAAAUGUUCGUUAAAUGCCAGAAACUCUGGUUAACACUGAAGCUACAAAGAUAAAGCAAUAAAAAGCAGUAACAGUAACUCUUGUAGUAUGCUGCCCAUUGCUCUGUCAACCACCACUGCCAAAAACAACUUGUAGAGCAAAGGGCUGAUUUGCCUUACGUGUUUCAAUCACAGGCCAUCAUAGAGGAAGUCAUGGCAGAAACAGAAGCAGGAACCAGGUGCAGAACUGAAGCAUGGACAAUGGAGAAAGGCUGCUUCCUGCCUUCCUCCACGGCUUAUGCUGCUUGCUUACUUACAGAACCCAGCACUGUCUGCCCACAGUGGCUUCACCCACGGAGGGCUGGGUCCUCUUACACCAAUGACUCAUUAAUCAAGAGAACCCUCCACAGGCCAUCUGAGGGAGGCAGCUCCUCAACUGAGCUUCCCUCUUCCUCAGUGACUCCAGUUUGUGUCACGUUGACAAAAACUAGUGAGCAUAGCCACGGAAAUGCCCAACACAGUUUGAAGUGCUUUGGAAUGAGUGAACGAACUGCAUUCAAAAAUCUCAUAAUUCCUAUUUUACAGAAGAAAUAGAGGCAUCAGGGAGCCAAGAACUUGGUGAUGGCCCCAAGUGGUAUGUGGCUAAUGCGAGUUUGAAAGGAAGGUUUUCUCAGAGAGAGCUCGAGGCACUUGCGUGCCCUCCUACCAAGCCAUCACCUGAGCCCUUCCCUCUACUUUCCCCUGUGACCUUCUCAGUUUUCCCAUCUUGUUUUGUAAUAUGCCAUCAUGCAGCAGAGUCCGGCUCUAUUCUUUGAGAGAGAGUGGCACCCCUAGUGUCUUACAAACUUAACACCACCAACAUCUUGCAACAUUUGGUCUAAGUGAAAAAAAAAAAAAAAAAAAGAAGGAAGAAAAUGGUCUAAGGGCUAAGUGGUGACAGUAUAAACAAAAAUUCCUGGAAAGAAUCACUCCUUCAGCUGAACCUUUUGCAAAGCUGAUUUUGGGACUUGAACUUCCAUGAUGUUGAAAGAUCAGAACAUCUUUUUGAAAUUCCAAAGCCAAAUUAUCCCAAAUAUAUCUGGGCACAGGGGUCUUUUCUGAGACUGAUACUCCAACCAAGGACCAUUCAUGGAGAUAACCUAGAACCCCUACUUGGAUGUAGCCCAUGGCAGCUCUGUAUCCAAAUGGGUUCCCUAGAAAGAGGAACAGGGGGGCUGGAGAGAUGGCUCAGAGGUUAAGAACACUGGCUGUUCUUCCAAAGGUCCUGAGUUCAAUUCCCAGCAACCCCAUGGUGGCUCAUAACCAUCUGUAAAGAGAUCUGGAGUGCUUUUCUGGUGGGUAGGCCUACAUGCAGGAAGAGUACUGUAUAAGUAAUAAAUAAAUAAAUCUUAAAAAAAAAAAAAAAGAAA